CGCCAGGUUCUCUCACAGGCGAGUGGGUCGCCUCCGCUGACAUGUCGGGACGGUGAGGAUCUGGGGGAGGCACGGCGAUCGAGCGCUCAAGAACGAGUUUAGGGUCUUGAGUGGACGGAUAGAUGAUCUACAGUGGUCGGCGGAUGGGAUGAGGAUUGUUGCGUCCGGGGAUGGGAAGGGGAAAUCGUUGGUUAGGGCGUUCAUGUGGGAUUCAGGCUCCACAGUUGGGGAGUUUGAUGGACAUUCUAAGAGGGUAUUGAGUUGCACUUUCAAACCUACUAGACCAUUCCGCGUUGUCACCGGUGGGGAAGAUUUCAUAGUGAACUUCUACGAGGGACCACCAUUUAAAUUCAAGCUUUCACACAGGGAACACACAAAUUUUGUUAACUGUGUACGUUAUUCUCCUGAUGGAAAUAGAUUUAUCACUGUAAGCUCAGAUAAGAAAGGAGUAAUAUAUGAUGGAAAGACUGCAGAAAAGAUUGGAGAGUUGUCCAUGGAAGAUGGUCACAAAGGAAGCAUAUAUGCUGUUAGCUGGAGUCCUGAUAGUAAACAAGUCCUGACCGUAUCUGCUGAUAAAACCGCAAAAGUGUGGGAUAUCAUGGAGGAUGGAAAUGGGAAACUGAAUAGAGCAUUGGCUUCACCAGGGUCAGGUGGAGUCGAGGACAUGCUUGUUGGCUGCCUGUGGCAGAAUGACCAGCUUGUUGUUGUCUCUCUUGGUGGAACAAUAAGUAUUUUCUCAGCAAGUGAUCAGGACAAACCACCUAUAUCUUUUGCUGGGCACAUGAAGGGCAUUAAUGCAUUGACUUGUUUCGUACAAGACGGGAAGAAAAUGAUGUUGACCAGCAGUUAUGAUGGUGUCAUAUCAAGAUGGACUCCAGGCAUUGGUUACAUUGGCAAACUACAAAGGAAGGACAAUUCUCAAAUUAAGUGCUUUGCUGCAGUUGAACAAGAAGUUAUUACAUCAGGAUUUGACAAUAAGGUGUGCAGAGUUCCUUUGACUGGGGAUCAAUGUGGAGUUGCAGAAUCUGUUGAUGUUGGCUCUCAGCCCAAGGAUAUACACUUUGCAUCACAAUCUCCUGAACUUGCUUUAAUUUCAACUGAUUCAGGAGUUGUCUUACUACGUGGUUCAAAAAUAGCAUCAACCAUCGAUCUUGGAUUUACUGUGGCUGCAUCUGCACUUGCACCUAAUGGAGAUGAAGCCAUUGUUGGAGGUCAAGAUGGAAAACUCCACAUUUAUUGCAUUGAGGGAGAUACAUUGAAAGAGGAAGCCGUGCUUGAGAAGCACCGUGGUGCGAUUACUGUUAUAUCUUACUCUCCAGAUCUCUCCAUGUUCGCUUCAGCAGAUGCUAAUAGAGAAGCUGUAGUAUGGGACCGUGCAUCCCGAGAGGUGAAACUAAAGAACAUGCUGUACCACACGGCACGUAUCAACUGCCUAGCAUGGUCUCCUGAUAACCAAAUGGUCGCUACUGGUUCUCUUGACACCUGUGUGAUUGUGUACGACGUAGACAAGCCUGCAAGCAAUCGAGUAACGAUAAAAGGAGCUCACUUGGGAGGAGUCUCUGGUUUGGCUUUCGAUGAUGAGAACAGUGUGGUGAGCUCAGGAGAAGAUGGAUGUGUUCGUGUGUGGAAACUUAACCAGCAGUAACAUAGUAUGAUUCUUUGCUAGGUGGUAAUUUGCGCAGUGGUUGGUUCAUCAAAUAAUGCAGUUGCAUGUUUGGGUUUGACGUUAGUAGGUUUGUUUGCCUCGAGUUUGCAUCUCCUGGUUUGGCUGUUAUUGUUUUGUUUGGCUCGAGUUUUUGGGGUGUUUAAAUUUGUGAAGAUGGGAGAAAAGAGAAGUCGACAUGUCCCAACUCUUUUUGUUGUGAUUGUAAUGUUCGUGGAUUUUAAAGGUGAGGUGUAAUAUUUUGUUUGCCUUAUCUUUGUUGUUUUAAUUGGCAAUUCUGAUUUUUGCCUCAUCUUUGUUGUUUCUGUUGGGAGGAGUCUCCGAUCUAGCUUUCAAACAGUGGUGAGCUUUGAAGAAGAUCAAUGUAUUUGUGUGUGAAAAUUUAUGAAGAUAGUAGAUUUCUCCGCAAGGCGAUGAUUGAGCUU